AUGGCAAAGUUGACUGAUCUGAUUCCCACUGCUCCGGUGACGCCUGCGCUCGACGCGGACCACGGCCGCCUGAUGACGCUCGAGCUGAAAGAUGGCACAGCGCUGCAGGGAUACUCCUUCGGUGCGCCGGUCGCCGCGGCGGGCGAGCUGGUGUUCCAAACGGGCAUGGUGGGCUAUCCCGAGUCGAUCACGGACCCUUCCUACGAGGGGCAGAUCCUGGUGAUCACGUACCCGAUGGUGGGUAACUACGGUGUGCCGGACCGGCAGCUGAUGGACGAGCUCGUAGAGUCCCUGCCACGCUACUUUGAGUCCAACCGGAUCCAUGUUGCGGGUUUGGUCGUGGCGCAUUACACGGAGAAGCACUCGCACUGGCUGGCGCAGUCGUCGCUGGGCCAGUGGCUGCGCGAGGAGGGUGUUCCUGCGAUCUACGGCGUCGACACGCGGGCUCUGACGAAACAUCUGCGGGACUCCGGGUCCAUGCUCGGCCGCCUGGCCGUGCAGAAGGCCGAUGCCAACCUGCAGGAGGCCACCGGUGACCAAUGGCGGGCUUGCUUCGAUGUGCCUGAGUGGGUGGAUCCCAAUGUGCAGAACCUGGUUGCCAAGGUGUCUGUGAAUGAACCCCGGCUAUACACCCCGCGGCUAGAGUCUGCCGUCAGAGGCCCGGACGGUAAAAUACUGCGCGUCGUUGCCGUUGACGUUGGUAUGAAGUACAACCAAAUCCGCUGCUUUGUCCAAAGAGGUGUGGAAUUGCUGGUUGUCCCAUGGGACUACGAUUUCCAGGAGGAGGAAUACGACGGUCUGUUCAUCUCCAACGGGCCUGGUGACCCAUCCGUCCUAACCGAACUUGCAUCUAGGCUAUCGGGGGCUCUCCUCGAGAAGAAGACCCCAAUAUUCGGUAUUUGUCUGGGCCACCAAUUGUUAGCCAGAGCCUCGGGCGCUUCAACCUUGAAGUUGAAGUUUGGUAACAGAGGCCACAAUAUCCCUUGUACAUCCACUAUCUCUGGUAGGUGCUACAUCACUUCCCAAAACCACGGGUUUGCAGUCGAUGUUGAUACACUAGCGGAUGGCUGGAAGCCACUAUUUGUGAACGCCAACGAUGGCUCUAACGAGGGUAUUUAUCACACUGAACUGCCCUACUUUUCGGUGCAGUUCCAUCCGGAAUCUACUCCUGGUCCACGUGAUACCGAGUUCUUGUUCGAUGUCUUCAUCAACUCCAUUUUGGAGCACAAGAACUCUGGAGUCUUGAAGAGUGUCGAAUUCCCUGGAGGUAGAGUUGAGGACCACCUAAAAGCGCACCCAAGACAGGAGCCAAAGAAGGUUUUGGUUCUCGGGUCUGGUGGGUUGUCUAUUGGCCAAGCCGGUGAGUUUGACUAUUCUGGUUCUCAGGCCAUCAAGGCUUUGAAAGAAGAGGGAAUCUAUACCAUACUGAUCAACCCAAAUAUUGCCACCAUACAGACGUCGAAGGGUCUUGCUGACAAGGUUUAUUUCUUGCCGGUUACAGCAGAGUUUGUCAGGAAGGUUAUUCUACAUGAACGUCCUGAUGCCAUCUACGUGACAUUCGGUGGCCAAACAGCCCUUUCUGUUGGUAUCGAGAUGAAGGACGAGUUUGAAGCUUUGGGCGUCAAGGUCUUGGGUACUUCAAUUGAUACCAUUAUUACGACUGAAGACCGUGAGCUCUUCGCCAACGCUAUGGACGAGAUAAACGAAAAAUGUGCGAAAUCGAAGGCCGCUUCUACUGUUGAUGAGGCUUUGGAGGCUGUCAAAGAUAUCGGCUUCCCGGUGAUUGUGCGUGCAGCGUACGCGUUGGGCGGAUUGGGCUCUGGCUUUGCUUCUAAUGAGCAGGAGUUAGUUGACCUUUGUAACGUGGCAUUUGCGUCAUCCCCACAAGUUCUGGUCGAGCGCUCCAUGAAAGGGUGGAAGGAGGUCGAGUACGAAGUUGUUCGUGAUGCCUUCGACAACUGUAUUACUGUCUGUAAUAUGGAGAACUUUGACCCACUUGGUAUUCACACCGGUGAUUCCAUAGUUGUUGCUCCAUCACAGACAUUAUCAGACGAGGAUUAUAAUAUGCUGAGAACUACAGCCGUAAAUGUUAUCAGACAUCUAGGCGUCGUCGGUGAAUGUAACAUCCAAUAUGCCUUGAACCCAUUUUCGAAAGAGUAUUGCAUCAUUGAAGUCAAUGCGCGGUUGUCUCGGUCCUCUGCGCUUGCAUCUAAGGCGACGGGCUACCCUCUCGCCUACACAGCUGCAAAACUUGGUUUGAACAUCCCAUUGAACGAAGUUAAGAACUCUGUUACGCAGUCUACAUGUGCUUGUUUCGAACCAUCUCUAGACUACUGUGUUGUUAAGAUGCCAAGAUGGGAUCUGAAGAAGUUUACUCGCGUUUCUACUUUGCUAUCUUCGUCCAUGAAGUCUGUUGGUGAGGUCAUGAGCGUUGGCCGUACUUUUGAAGAGGCAAUUCAGAAAGCAAUUAGAUCCACUGACUAUUCGAACCUAGGUUUCAAUGAGACCGAUAUGGAACUCAACAUAGAUGAGGAGCUUGCUAAUCCAUCUGAUUUGCGUAUAUUCGCCAUUGCCAAUGCUUUCGCAAAAUUAAACUACUCUGUUGAGAAGGUUUGGCAGCUAACCAACAUAGACAGAUGGUUCUUGGAGAAACUUCACUCUCUCAUCACCUUUGGCAGGGAAGUUGAAGCUUUUGGUACCAAGGAAGCUUUGCCUCGUUCUCUAAUGAAACAAGCAAAACAGUUGGGGUUCGACGAUAGACAAAUUGCCAAGUUUUUGAACUCUAAUGAGGUGGCAAUCCGCCGUGUCAGAAAGGAAUACGGCAUUGUUCCAUUUGUCAAGCAAAUCGACACGGUUGCCGCAGAGUUCCCUGCAUUCACCAAUUACUUGUAUUUGACUUACAAUGCUUCUGAGCACGACUUGGAGUUUAAUGACCAUGGUGUCAUGGUUUUGGGUUCUGGUGUAUACCGUAUUGGCUCUUCGGUUGAAUUCGAUUGGUGUGCGGUCACUGCAGUCCGGACUUUGCGCCAAAACAACGUCAAAACCAUCAUGGUUAACUACAACCCUGAAACGGUUUCUACUGACUAUGACGAAGUUGAUAGACUGUACUUCGAGACCAUCAAUAUGGAGAGGAUACUCGACAUUUACGAAGUCGAAUCUUCUGCUGGUGUGGUUGUUUCUAUGGGAGGUCAAACUUCGAAUAAUAUCGCGAUGUCACUUCACCGUGAGAAUGUGAAGAUUCUAGGUACAUCGCCUGAAAUGAUUGAUUCAGCUGAAAACAGAUACAAGUUCUCUCGUAUGCUGGACCAGAUUGAAGUUGAUCAACCGGCGUGGAAGGAAUUAACAUCCAUGGAGGAAGCAGAGGACUUUGCUAAUAAGGUUGGUUAUCCAGUGCUUGUUAGACCUUCUUACGUUCUUUCUGGUGCCGCAAUGAAUACUGUCUAUUCUAAGGAUGACCUUGAGUCAUAUUUGAAUCAGGCGGUCGAAGUCUCUCGUGAGUACCCUGUCGUUAUUACUAAGUACAUCGAAAAUGCCAAGGAAAUCGAAAUGGAUGCAGUGGCUAAGGACGGUGAGAUGAUCAUGCACGUUGUGUCUGAGCAUGUUGAGAACGCUGGUGUCCACUCUGGUGAUGCUACGUUGAUCGUACCACCACAAGACCUUGACCCAGAGACCGUCCGGAGAAUUGUCGAUGCUACUGCUAAGAUUGGAAGGGCGCUAAAGAUAACCGGCCCUUAUAAUAUCCAGUUUAUUGCCAAGAAUAAUGAAAUUAAGGUCAUUGAGUGUAAUGUUAGAGCUUCAAGAUCUUUUCCAUUUAUUUCUAAAGUCAUUGGCGUCAAUUUGAUUGAGAUGGCUACAAAGGCCAUCAUGGGUAUUCCUGUCACACCAUACCCUAUCGAGAAGUUGCCCGAUGACUAUGUUGCUAUCAAAGUGCCACAGUUUUCCUUCCCUAGAUUAGCCGGCGCUGAUCCUGUUCUUGGUGUCGAAAUGGCUUCCACUGGUGAGGUUGCUACCUUUGGACAUUCCAAGUAUGAGGCGUACUUGAAAUCCUUGUUGUCUACAGGAUUUAAGUUGCCCAAGAAGAACAUUCUGUUGUCUAUUGGCUCCUAUAAGGAAAAGCAGGAAAUGCUUCCAGCAGUUCAGAAAUUAUACAAAAUGGGCUAUAAGCUCUUUGCAACUGCUGGCACUGCUGAUUUUAUAUCGGAGCAUGGAAUUCCAGUUCAAUUUUUGGAAUUCUUAAAUGAGGACGAUGAAAAGUCUGAAUACUCUUUGACGCAACAUCUAGCUAACAACAAGAUUGAUUUAUACAUCAACUUGCCUUCAGCUAACAGAUUCCGCCGUCCAGCUUCCUAUGUUUCUAAGGGGUACAGGACCCGUCGUAUGGCUGUGGACUACUCGGUUCCACUUGUAACAAACGUGAAGUGUGCGAAAUUGCUAAUUGAAGCAUUGGCCAGGAACCUGACUUUGGAUGUUUCCGAAAGAGAUGCCCAGACCUCCCACAGGACGGUUACUAUACCAGGUCUGAUUAACAUCUCUGCCUAUGUGCCAAACAUAUCCAACGUUACACAGGGCCCUGCAGAGUUGAAAGAGGUUACUCGCUUGUCUGUGGAAUCGGGAUUUACCUAUUCUCAGAUAAUGCCAAGAUCUACAGUUGGCCCAGUCAUUACCAAUGCUACUUCGCUGAAGGCAGCACAAUCCGUCUGUGAGAACUCUGCGUACACAGAUUUUGGGUUCACAGUUGCCGCUACUGCCAAUAAUGUGGAAGAAGUUGCCUCAUUGGCCAACCAAGCUACUGCACUCUUCAUACCUUACCGGGAACUAACCAACAAGGUUUCACUGGUGGCUGAACACCUAAAGAACUGGCCUGUUGAGAAACAAAUUAUCGCUGAGGCUAAAACAUCUGAUCUCGCUUCUGUGAUCUUGCUUGCCUCUCUACAGGGAAGACCUAUCCACAUUACUGGGGUUUCUCACAAGGAAGAUUUAGCUUUGAUCAUGACCGUCAAAGAGAAGAUGAAUAAUGUUACUUGUGACGUUAACAUCCAUUCUUUGUUUGUUUCUCAGGAUGACUAUCCAGAAGCUUUGUUCUUGCCUACUAAGGAAGAUCAGGAUUUCUUCUGGAGGAACUUGCAAGAGAUUGACGCAUUUUCUAUCGGCUCUAUGCCUACUCUUCUUGCCACUGUUACCAGUAACAAGGUGGUCACUGGUCUCGGCAUCAAGGAGGCUCUACCGCUCUUGUUGUCAGCCGUGAAUGAUGGCAGGCUAACACUGGAGGACAUUGUUGAGAGGUUACAUGACAAUCCCGCUAAGAUAUUCAACAUUCCUGAACAAGAUGCCAAAGUAGAGAUCGAUUUAGAUUUCACCUUCAGGCACACUAAGAGAUGGACUCCUUACACUAAGGGUGGGCUGACGGGCGGCGUUGAGCGUGUUUUGCUCGACGGACAGACUGUCGUGUUAAGCGGUGACCUAGUAGCAUCUGCAGCUCUAGGUGAGGCCGUUGUACCUACUUCAAACAAUUACACUUCGACUCCUCUAUUGAACGCGGAGCCAUUGCACAGCUUUGUUCCACCUUCUAGCUCGGGUAAGAAGCGGUUCUCCUUCUCCCGCGAGCGGGGAAACUCGUUUGCUUCAGCUGGUGACCACGAGGAAGCUGUUAUCGACCAACCGCUGGAACAAAGGUUGAUGUCUUCAAGGCCACCAAAGGAGCUGUCGCCCCCAAGUGCGCUGAGAGAGCUAGUCCGUGCGCACAAUCCAUUCAGAGGAAGGAAUAUCUUAUCUGUUAACCAAUUCAAACGUUCGGACUUCCACGCCUUGUUCGCUGUGGCCCAAGAGCUGCGUGCGGCUGUCGAGAGAGAGGGCGUUCUCGAAUUGAUGAAGGGCCGCCUCUUGACGACCAUAUUCUAUGAGCCAUCAACGCGCACAUCCUCCUCUUUUAUCGCGGCAAUGGAGCGCCUCGGUGGUAGAACCGUCAACAUAAACACCUCGGCAUCCUCUGUGAAGAAAGGUGAGACACUCCAGGAUACCAUCAGAACCCUAGCUUGCUACUCAGAUGCCAUCGUUUUGAGACACCCUGAUGAGAUGUCUGCUCACAUUGCCUCCAAGUACUCGCCAGUACCAAUCAUAAACGGAGGCAAUGGUUCCCGUGAACACCCUACCCAGGCCUUCCUGGAUCUAUUUACGAUCCGUGAGGAGCUGGGUACCGUUAACGGUAUCUCCGUGACUUUCAUGGGCGAUCUGAAGUACGGCAGACCAGUGCACUCCUUGUGCCGUCUGUUGAAGCACUACCAGGUUCGUAUCAAUCUGGUCUCGCCAAAGGAGCUUUCCUUGCCGGACGGUCUCCGUAACGAGCUCAUCGACGCAGGGCUUCUAGGCAUUGAGAGCGAGUCACUCACGCCCGAAAUAAUCUCGAGAUCGGAUGUCCUGUACUGCACUAGGGUCCAGCAAGAGAGAUUCGAGAGAGAGGAGGACUACUUGCGCCUGAAGAACACCUACAUUGUGGAUAACAAGAUCUUGGCCCAUGCUAAGCAGCAGAUGGUAGUCAUGCACCCUCUACCUCGUGUUAGCGAAAUCCGCGAGGAGGUCGACUACGACCACCGUGCCGCAUAUUUCAGGCAGAUGCGCUAUGGCCUGUUCGUCCGCAUGGCCCUCUUGGCCAUGGUUAUGGGCGUCAACCUAUAG